CUUGGCUCCUCCUGUUUCUCCCAGCCUCCCCUGUACCAGGCUGCAGUUGGAUGGAGAGUCCCCAUAUCAGCGGCCGUUUCACCCCCGCUUCUACCUAAUGCAUUGAUCCCCAGCGACAUCCGCAGCGCCUUGGCAUCGGCGCGGCCAGAUCCAUUAGCUACCGGGGAGGGGUGGUUGCUGGCACCGCAGUCACAGUCUGCUGCUAGAGAGAGAGCGUGAUCGACUGGCUGAGCCGGAGGAUCUGCACCUUGCAGUUGCACACGGAUUGUUAGCAGGUCGGAUUCCUCAUGUGACCGCGGGAUUCUUCCCCCCGAGACCGCGCGGGGACCAUGGCACUGUUUGGGCACAGCCUACUGAGGACAUGACGGCAGAGCGGGUGUAAAGGUUUCUCUUUGCUUCUCCCCCUCCUCCCCACAGGGUCUGAUGAGGAUGGAAGGGGACCCUGAUUUGACUGCCUGGUGGGAGAUGAGGGGCAGAGUGGGAGCUGGGGAUCGAGGGGGGUCGGAGGGGAUGGGAGAGGAAGGAAAGCAGCCCGGGCUGGUGGAACCGGAUGAACAAGGCGGCAGAACCCCGGCAGCACCGCACCCUCUGCUCCUCUCCCAGUUUGGCCAAUCCUUAAAGGCACCGGUGGGACAACUAGGCCCCGGGCACUACCAGCCAACUUGUGCCAAUGACAUGUGGGUGGAGGAUGGGCAGAGCCUUUGUACCUACCCUGCAGCCCCCCAGCUUACCCUGCCAGACAUUUAUUUAACUCCUAUAAUUAGUGCCCCCUCUUUGCCCCAUACUGAGAAUUCCUCUGACCCCGUUGCCUACCAGAUGCCCUCGCUGCAGAGCAGCUUUAGCCCACAGCAUGCCCUUAGUCUAAGUGACUUGGCACCAGACACUCCAUUAUCAGCUGAACUCUUGCCCCCAUUUACAUCUGUUUCCCCCUAUGACGUGGAAUCCGUUCCCCAGUCUAAUUUGAUACCAGCCUUACAAGCCCCACAGAUGCCCCAGUCAGAUCCCAAUUUACUCAUGCACCAGCUGGCUCUUAUUGUGCCCAAAGAGAGUGAUUUUCUGCCCCUAAGUUCUGACAGUCUGCCCACCCCGGGGUACAUUUCCCUGGAAUCUGACCAGUUGCCCCAUUCAGAGCCCUCAGUUCUUAACACUGACUUAUCACCUACCCCUGGAUCUUGUUUUUCCCUGGAGCCUGACUUAACUUUCCAGCCAGAGUCUGAUUUCCCCCCCAACCCAGGAUCCUCGUUUCUUCUGAGGCCUGACCUGUUGCCCGAAUCUGAGACAUGUCUGAAAACUGAAACUCAACAUAUGUCACCCUUGGAUACAAGAACUUUACAGCCUCCUCUGUCUAAAUACAUCCCAGUCCCUGAAACUGACCACCUGCCUUUGACUAAUUCUUGUAUGCCCCCAUUUUCAGAUGAACCCUCCCAUCUACAAAGUGACCAGUUUUCCCUUUCUGAAAUGUGCUUGGCCUCUCCGUGGCCCCAGUCUGAAUCCAGCUUGGCUACUGAAACCUGUUUGGCACCUGAAAAUGAGCAGGUCGGCACCACAAGUCCCAUUUCACCGUACAAGCCUGACCAAUUGCUUUUAUCCAAAUCUUGCUUACCCUCUGAAAUGAAUCCGUGGCCGCCGUGUGGCCCCCCUGUAGAUGGCGACCAAGUGAAUUUACCUGAUACCUGUUUACAGUACAAACAGUCUCUUUUACCUUGGGACUGGGCUCCACACCAAGACCAACAUGACGAUCAUGGAUUAAAUUCUGAGUCUGAAAACUUCAUGCCAUUCCCUCAAGAAUCUGAUGCAGACCAGUUUGCAAUAUUCCGAUUGGAUACUCCUCCUCAAUCUGAUCAAGUGGUUGAAUCUGACCAUCCAACCCUAUCUGAAGAUCUACUGUCUCUGUCUGAUGCUUUUGCACAUUUGGAAGUGACCCAACCCCAAAAGGAAAAUGGCCAUUGCAGUGACCCAUAUGACCAGUUCCCUUUUUUGACAGGGGAUCCUUUAUACAGUAAGGAAGAGUUGGGCCAUAUUGAGAAAAAAUUGCACUCAACUGAGCUUGUUCCUGAUGUAUGUAAUCAGGUCCCUUGCACUCUCCCAGGCUUUGGAGAUGACCAUAUGUCUGUUAUAAGGGUUAAGGAUGAAUUGGCUAUAGAUGAACGGAGCCAACCAGCCCCUAGAAAUGCUGAAGACCUAUUUCUCCAACAUUCAAGUUGUUACAAUUCAGAACAUGACCAUGGGCUUCAUAACGGUUGGAGUGACCAAUCACAAUUCUAUUAUCUGGACCUGUUAUUUGACACUGAUGAUUUGUUGGGUGAAAAUGAUUGUUGCCCCCCUAGUCACACACAUGUAACCCCUCCUUCUUUAGACCUUAUUUAUGAGAAUGACUUGUUGCCUUUAAGCAAUUCCAUUGCACAUGCAAAUAAUUCAGCAGUCCAGUGUUCCUCAGACUCUUAUAUUGAGACCAAACCCCCUCUUUCAGUUGAGACGUUGCCCAAGAAGGCACCCCCCUUAUCUCUAUCUAACGAGCAAAUUCUUAAAAAUUCAGACGUUAAAGGCAAUAAUGUGGACCAAUCCACUGUUGGCUCCUCGGGUAAAAUAGAAGGCUCUCCAGAAGAAUUUCCCAGUGAAUCUAACAAGUUGCCUUUGAUUAUUGUAACUGAUAUCUUGCCUCUUGGUGAACAGGCCCCAUCUCAUGAAAAGGACCAGUUAAGAAGUUUCCCAGAGGCCUUACCCAAUGAAACCUUUGAGUUGCCCCAUUGUCAAAAAGACACACCCCUAGAAUCGUCUCAGGUUCCUCAUUGCAGCAAAGCAAUAGGACAAUUACUGCUGCCUCGGUCAGACACCCCAUCUGAAAGUAUCCAGUUGCCUCCAUUGGAAGACUCCUCAUCGAAUCUACAUGACACGACAAGUCAAAUGCCUCUGUCUCAGACAGAUGGGCCCUCCGAGGAUAUUGUGUUGCCCCUGUCUAGUGUCAAUCUUCAGUUGCCCCUCUCCCAUUCAGAGUCACCCCUAGAAAAUGUCCACUUACUACCUUGUGAUGACAUGGGCACAAACCUAUCCCCAGCUAACCCCCAGGAGCCAGCCUCUCCCUCUACACAGGGUAGUGAUACAAUUUUGGGAUUGGCUCUGGAAACAGAACCUUCAGGCCUUGGAGAUGAGCUGGCCCGUCUCCGUGCUGUGUUUGAUGCUCUGGACAGGGAUAAAGAUGGCUUUGUGAAGAUGGAGGAUUUUGUUCAGUUUGCCACUGUCUAUGGAGCGGAACAGGUGAAAUACCUCACUGGUUACCUGGACCCAGCUGGGCUGGGGGUUAUUAACUUCCGAGAUUUCUAUCGUGGCAUCUCAGAGAUCCAGAAUGAAGAUUUGGACAUGCAGCUGUAUGACAUGGGAUAUCCCUCGGAGGAAGAGCCAGCCUGCUCGGUGGAUUUUGAUGAUAUUGCAGCAUUUGAGGUGACCGAGGUGACAGACAGCGCCUACGUGGGCUCAGAGAGCGCCUACAGCGAGUGUGAGACUUUCACGGAUGAGGAUACUGGAGUGCUAGCUCCACAUGAAGAUCCUGAAACAGAGGGGGUUGGAGGGGUAUCCAGAUUGCCCCCACCUGCAACGCCAGAGGGGUUGGAGCUGUCUCUGUGCGACAUUUCGGCCAUCACGAUAACGAGCCAGGAGGAGCAAUUUGAGGAUUUUGGGGAAGGAGCUGAGCCGGACCCGUUCAGUAAUCACUGCAAUGAAGAAGAAAAUAACUUCACCCCUUCACCUAAUGGCACCCAACGGCUUUCCCCCUGUGGCGCUUCCCUGUCAGAACGACAGCUCCUGGCGCCUCCUUCGUGCGCCUCUCUGGGUGGCUUAUACUGCAGCCAAUGCCACAAACAUGUCAACCGCCUGGAAGACCUGUCCACCCGCCUCCGCUACCUGGAAAUGGACAGCCCCGACAAAAGGCCUUCUAGCAGAAAAGAAGCUCGGAGGUUACAACACAGUUUCCUGGGGGAGGACUCUGCCGAGCAGCAGUUUUCCGACAUGGCUUGUGAUGAGACAGAUCUCACGGACAAGGUUCUGUUCUUGGAGCAGCGGAUCAGCGAGCUCGAGAGAGACGCGGCCACCACCAGUGAACAGCAGAAUCGGCUUCGACAAGAGAACCUCCACUUGUUACACAGGGCCCAUGCUCUAGAGGAGCAGCUGAAAGAUCAGGAGGUGCAAUCCGAUGAGGUGCAAAGCGAAGAAAUCCGAAAACACCGAGACGAGCUCCGUAAAAUGGAGCGAGAUAAUGGCUACCAGCUUAGUAGCCUAAAAGCCAGAGUACAAGAACUGGAGAAUGAAAACUCCGAGCUGAGGUCUCAGGUCCCAGAUAUUAAGGCAACAGUCCAACGACUGGAAGAGGAGAAGCAGAAGCUGCAGGACGAGGUGGAAGCCCUGCAGGGCCAGGUGAAGGAGCACUGUGAAAUGAACCAGAAACUGAGCGGACAGCUGAGCAAGGAAAAGCAUAAUCAGCAGUCUCAUAUGGAGAGGUGCCAAGAGGUGAUUGAGGAGCUUCGCCGAGAACUGGAGCAAAUGCAGCUGGUGCGUCUGGACAUGGAGCACCGACUGGGGUUGGGUAACAGCGCUGCCCUGCAGGAAUACAACAACCGAACCAGGGAGGCUGAGCUAGAGCAUGAAGUGCGGAGGCUUAAACAGGAGCAACGAGCCCUGAAGGAACAAAACGAAGAGCUUAAUGGACAGAUCAUAAACCUCAGCAUCCAAGGAGCCAAAAAUCUAUUCUCCACAACGUUCUCAGACUCAUUAGCAGCUGAAAUUAGCAAUGUCUCCAGGGACGAGCUUAUGGAGGCGAUUCAGAAGCAGGAAGAGAUCAACCUUCGCCUGCAGGACUACAUUGACCGCAUCAUUGUGGCUAUCAUGGAGACCAACCCAGCCAUCUUGGAAGUGAAAAUGCAUUAGCAUCAUCAGCUCUGUCGUUAUAGAGCACGAACGACCCUGCUUAUGAUCCCUAGACCAGAGGAGGCAGGUCUGAGCUCUGGACAAAUGCAGACCGCAGCUCCAAAGCUUUGACAUGGCAGACUCUGGUUGAAGACCUUCUUGUCAUGCUUCCAAGUUUUUUAGUUGUACGACAGAUGCACACGCAAAACCUGCAGCUCGUUGUUCUUCACGGCAGAUGAGACGAAAAGUGUUGUCUCGAAAGCCUAAGCCUCGUUACCUCUGUGACUCCAGAUUUCUCUCAGUCAGGCACACUGAGACCCAUUGUGCCAUCACUAUUGUAUGCACUACCCACGGAGCAGCACACAUGAGUAGUACUAUGCACAGUGCAAGCAGGAAUCCUGCACACAGAAGAGAGUUUACAAAUCAGUAGUACUAUGUACUGUACCGUGGUAUUACAGCUGUGCACACAUGGAAUGACUUCUAAACACUACUGGGAGGAUGUAAUAAUCUGCUCCAGGUCUGGUAACCCAUAGCAGCCAAUCGGGUGUUUGCUUUCACACAGACGGCCUAUUUCAUUGGUUGUUCUGGAUUUCUAUGCCUGGUGCAAGCGUUGUGACUUACAUAUUUGACACGGGGAACUCGCAGUUUAAAGCUGGCGUAUCAUUGCUGCUUUAAGGACUCUCGUAGCAGUACUUAAUAUAGAUAAAAUGCUGUAUUCCAUAGAGCAAAUGCACACGGGGGGUGCACACGGUGAGACACUGUAUCAGUGCCUAGCGUAGCUUCCGACAACCUCCCACAGCACAUGCUAAUUUCUCUUGUCGCCGUUGUACCCUGCACUUUCUUGUAAUGACUAGUACCUUGUCCGCCAUCUCCAUGCCUAAAUUGAUCAGCAGAGGCAUCUGCUCUUAAAGGAUUUACUGUAUAUAUAAGUGCAUAAUACAUCUAUAUUUAUAUAUAUCUCAUGAGCAACACACAGCGGCAGUUUCAGCUUAUAUAAAUAAAUAUAUAUUAUGCACACAAAGAGAAAAUAUGAGAUUAGCCAAUUCAGAAAAGUGCCCUGUAAUUGGCCAAUCACAGCCCAUUUGUUAGUAGGCAUAUCAAUAUCGUGUUAUUAUAAUAUAAUAUAUGAUUAUACAUAUAUUUAUAUAUGUAUGUGAUAUUUAUAAAGGCUACAGAACAAGGUUUGCAGCCUGGUUGCCCGUAUAUACUUGCCUACCUAACCUAGGAGCUGAUUGGCUUUCUGGUGCGUUGGGAAUGUAAAAAGCCAGAAUUUUAUUGGUCAAGGUUAGAGCCAAAGAACGGAACUUGGGCCAAAACCUUGUUUUAAAUUAUUUUGUUUUUUUUACUUGUGUGCAAAUACAAUCAAUGUGCACACCCCUUUAAAGCUGCCUUGCUGGGAGUUCUAGAACUAAACAUUAGACCAAUGCUCUAGGCCCCAAUGAUGCUUUAGAACCGGCCGCUCCUUGCUCUAAGGCUAUACAUUAUGGUCUAUGCAGGGAUAGUGUACGUGCCCGUCCCAAAGGCUUGAACUCUUUGGUGCUGCAUCUGAUGCCUCAUAAAGCCUCUCCUGGCACUGAGAGGGUUAAAAUGACUUUAACCUGCUGGAGUCUGUCUAUCCGUUCCUUUAUUCCCUUUCUCUGUCUCUUUUUAUACGCAGACUAAUUCCGAUUUUUAGAGGCUUUUCCAGAAUGUUUCUACACGUAUAUGUAUAUAAGUACAUAGCAGAUAAAUAUAUAUAUAUAUAUAUAUAUAUAAAUAUAAGUAUUGACGGAUCUGUAAAUAUACAGGGUAUGAAUGAAGGACAGGGCAAGGUCCUCCUGAGAAAUACACUCCUAUGGUGUAAUGGAAUUUAUUGUGUAAAAUAGCCUCUGCUUCAUCUAUAGCAUUGCGAGUGUUAGUAUGGCCCAAAGCAGCCACCGUAAGUCUGUAGCGUUAGUGCGGAGGGCAGCACGGUCCUAUCGGGAACAUUCUGUAGGUGCUUUUGGAUCACAGAGCAUAAUUAACAUAAUUAAGUAGCAGUAGAACCACUUCUGCUACUUUUGUCUUUAUCUGAGUUGUGACAAUAGCCAUAAGGCCUUUGUAUUGGAAACGUACCGUAUUGCGCACAUUUACCGCAACGUAAUGCCACGUAGAAAAUUGACGUGGCAGUUUAGUUGUGAUCGCUGUUAUAUUGCAACCAAUAUACAAUCUGUGAGCACGGGUCAAACUACUUCAGUCCCUUGAUUAGCUUAGUGGUUUAAAGGAGAACUAAACCCCAACAAAAAAGUUUGAGAUCAAGAAUGUUCUGGUUUGGUCUUCUGUUCCAGACCAAGUCCACCAUAGCCCUGCAGCAGUGAAAAUCUGUGCCUUCAAAGAUGCCCCCAAUAGACCCCCCUAUCUUCUUUACUGCCGAUUCACAGCACAAGCUCUGGGUUGUUGCCAUUACCUGAGUUUAGGGACCCACUCACAAUAUAUAGUUUAUAUACACUAGAUACAAUUCACAGUACAAGGAUGAUAAAUUGAAUUCACGUUACAUGGCACCAUAGAAACUGGUUCAUUUGGAAUCAGAAUUGAUUAAUGACUUUCUAUAACCUGAUUUUCUGCUUAAUAUGCGACAGCCCCAAAGCUUAGCUUCUCGGCAGCAGCCCAGAGCCCACUGAGCAUGUGCAGUGCCACCGACACUUAAAAGAUUGGCCUAUCAGGUUCCAAGAUGGGGAACUGCUGUGGACAAUUUUAUGGCUUGGAUCAUUACAGUUAUAGGGAAGCUUAACCUCUGGUCCUGUAGAAUAAUUUAAUUAUAUUAAAAAAAAAACAGCAUUUCUAGCUUGGGUUUAGUCGUCCUUGAAACGUGAGUUUAUUUUAAAUAAAUAUAUUUGGGGCUCACUGUUAGAGAAGGAGCAGGAUCUGUUUUGUGACUGGUUAUCCCUCUGGUUUCAUUACAACCCAUAACUGCUUCUCCAGUGUUAGAACUGUAAAGUCUAUUCUGUCUGGCAUUGGAUCAGAACCUACACAGAACACAGCCGGUUUGAUUUGGCUGCAGGAAAAACUCUCAUCAGGCGCUUCUACUGUGUUGUACCCCCUGGAGGUGGCAAUAUACAGAGUGAGAGCAUGAAAGUGGAUUAUAUGUAUAAAGAAUGGAUUAUUCGUUUUAAUUUAAACUCUCUUCAAAUUGUUUACCUUUUUUUUUUCCUUGUGUAAUUUUUUUUCAGGAAUAAAAAACGUUAAUUAAAA